AUGAGCUACCGUCUACUUCGCGAAAAGUACGAGGAUGUAUUUUCCCAAUUGGAAAUUAUGAUUCGGAAUUUACCUGAGGAUGAUGAGAAAGGUAGAGCAGAUAUUUUGAAACUCAAAAAACGAUUUGAUCUUUUUCUUUUUGAAUUAGCGGCCGUAGGGUUUAAUGCGUCUCGUUACGAUAUAAAUGUCAUUCGCAAGUCAUUCUUUAAGAUACUCCAAAGUGUCGAGUCAGAGGAAGAUUUAGAACCAAACGGAAUUGAUUUCGUAGUGAAACGGAAUAACGCAUACAUGUGCUUGAAAACAGCGCGUUUGAAAUUCGUAGAUAUUUGCAACUACCUUGCGCCGGGAUAUAGCUACGCUGACUUUUUAAAAGCGUACGGUUGCAGUGCUCAAAAAGGCUUUUUUCCGUAUGAGUGGUUUGACAAUGUUAAAAAGUUAGAGUUUGACCGGCUUCCUCCGCACGAGGCAUUUUCCAGCGCUUUAAAAAACGCUAACAUCACUGUAGAAGAAUACCAGUUCUGCUCUGAGAUAUAUAUGGUGCGAUAAAAAUAUGGAAAGUUUUCGCGACUAUCUGUUUGGUACAACAAUCUUGACGUUGAACCAUUUGUUGAAGCCAUAGAAAAAAUGUUCGAGUUCGACCAGGCAAAAGGAUUAGAUUUAUUUAAAGACGGAAUUUCUGUACCAGGUUUGGUAAUGAAAUAUAUGUUUUCUGGAUUAGAACACAACACGUUUUUCAGUUUAUUUCGGGAACAGGAUAAGGACUUAUACUAUAAUUUCAAAAACAACAUUGUGGGAGGGCCAUCCAUUAUUUUUAACCGAUAUCAUAACAAAACAAAACUUUCAUUCGCAAUGGCACAAAACCUUGUAAAAAAAUCUGGGGAGCCGAUGCAAAUGCGUUGUAUCUGCGGGCGCUACCUCAAAAGAUGCCGUGCGGUUAUUAUGUAAGGCGAAAAAAGAUCGAUGAUUUUAAACGGCGGGGCUGUUUCAAUAAGUGGAGCAUUGAAUGGUUGGACUUUGUAGCUCACCGCGACGGACUUAAUAUUGUCCACGCUCACAAUCAGGAGAACAUCGUAUAGGUAGAUACCCGGUUGAUGGAUUUGAUUUGCAAAGUAAAACUGUCUUUGAAUUUCAGGGCUGUUACUGGCACGGUCAUAGGUGCACGUUGAAUACCCAUACAUUUAACGAACGUCGUGGGGUUCCAGUGGAGGUCCCUCUUGAAAGGACAGGUCAAAAAGUACAAUAUUUAGAGGAGCGGGGUUUUAAGGUUGUCCAAAUGUGGGAAUGCGAAUAUCGUGAGCUGCGCAAAGACCGAGGAGUUGCAGGCUUUUCUCGCUACUUACGAACAACAGCUAAGACUGACAUUUCCCGAACUACUUAAUGAAAUUGAAAGCGGUAACAUUUUCGGCGUAGUUGAAUGCGAUAUAAGGGUGCCUGACCACAAGAAAGAAAAAUUUGCAGAAAUGUGUCCCAUUUUUAAAAAUACCGAUAUUCCUUUUGAUGCCAUUGGGGAACAUAUACAGAAUUUCGUUCGCGAGCAUAAGCUAAGCGAAAAGCCACGACGCGGACUAAUUGGUAGCAUGUUUGCCGAAAAGAUCCUGUUAAUAACGCCGCUCUUACAGUGGUAUAUAAAACAAGGUUUAGAAAUAAUAAGUAUUUACGAGGUUACAGAAUUCAUUCCAAAAGCUUGUUUCGACGGUUUUGCCGAUCAAGUUAGCGAUGCCAGACGCGAGGGCGAUCGCGAUCCGUCCACUAAAAUUAUAGCUGAAACGAUGAAACUUUUCGGCAAUUCUGGCUACGGCCGUUCACUGACCAACAAAGAGAAACAUCUUAACGUGAAAUACUAUGACGAAAAUAGCAUCGGAUUAGCCGUUAAUGAUCCGCAUUUCAGAAAAUUAGACAUUAUUGAGGACGACUUUUACGAGGUCUCUAAAACUAAAACAUCAAUCAAAAUGAACCUGCCGAUUCAGAUAGGAUUUUUCGUCUACCAAUAUGCAAAACUUCGAAUGUUGGAAUUUUACUACGAUUUCAUGGACAAAUAUAUUGACCGCUCUGAUUUUGAAUAUUGCGAAAUGGACACAGACUCCGCGUAUGUGGCACUUGCCGGUGAAUGUGUCGAUCACUUGAUCAAACCCGAGCUCCGAGCUGAAUAUGAAAGGGAAAAACAUUAUUGGUUUCCGCGAGAUUACAACGCCGAAGUUCUGGCGUUCGACAAGCGCACACCAGGUCUGUUUAAAACUGAGUUUGAGGGGCAGGGAAUAAUCGGGCUUUGUAGCAAAAUCUACUUUUGCUUCGGUGCAUCAGACGCUAAGUACAGCUGUAAGGGGGUCAAUAAGUAUACAAAUGCGAUCGAUAUUGACACCUAUCUGCGUGUUCUUCGCAGCAAAGCAACAGGCUCCGCGACAAACAGAGGUUUUCGUGUAAGGGGAAAUAGAGUGUUUACGUACACGCAAGUGAAGAAUGCCUUUACAUACUUUUAUGGCAAGCGGAAAGUCUUGUACGACGGCGUAAGCACGACGUAUUUAGACAUCUAAGUAUAAUGAUUAUGUUUUUUAUGACUCUAGUACCUUCCGCUUAAAAUAACUCUGUUACGGAGGCGCGAUAGUUUAUCAAUGGUCUUUAACCAACAAAGAAAAUUAUAUAUAAGGCCUUAAGAAUUAAGGAGCUAAUUUUGGAAUGUACUUGUCACACAGACAUAAUCACAACGUCGCUGAUUUUUACGCUAUUGCUUGCUGAGGAAAUAAAUAAGUGUGUGUGUGUUGCCAACAUUAAAGUAUAAAUAGUGUGAAUCCAAUAGUUC